AUGAGGCUGAAGGACUGCUUCUGUGAGCUGCAGUUUUCUGUAGUCACUGCACGGGCAGCGUCCUCCCUCGGGGCCUGGGGUGGUCCCAGCGGAGUGUGUGUCUGUCUGAUCCUUCAGCCGCCGCACGACUGCCCCGUGUCCACGGCCGAAAUCACAAUCAAUGAAGAGAUAAAGUCCAACUGCAGCAGUGGGCCGCGUCUUGGAGCGCGGCCCACUCCCCUGCGCGAUCCACAACUUCAACCCAGGCGCAGGUUGGAGCUCGCUGCCCGGACAGCUGCCCGAUCCUUUUCCCAUCGAGCUGAACUCAACUUGCCUGUCCCGCAGCGGCGUAACUGCGCUCCAACUCCCACCAAAAAGGAGCACCGUGGACCAUCGCGCCUCAAGCCACCUCCGGGUUUCCCGUGUGUGGGAAAGACUGGAGUGUGUGUGCGCCCGCUCUCCGUGCGUGAGGAAGACUGA